CCGGUGUGCCUCGGAUACAUGCUGUAGCUGCUCGCCCGCACUGCAGAUUAACUCUUACCGUGCCGGGAGAUGCAACGAGAGACGGAAAGGACUGGUCACAGAUUCUCCUUUCCCAAGCUCAUGUAACAACUCUCCCUGGGGUUUGCAAGAACACAUCCCUAAACUCAGCUCAUUUCUCAACCUGCAGCACAGGGUCUGCAGACUGAGGCCAGACGCUGUAGAGACACACAAACAUGGGGAUGCACAACGGAGAGGCUGAGUGAGCAGUGCACAUUAUGUCUGUUUGUCUGCAACAGAAGAGCUGCAUGAAACGGUAGAAGAGUCUGAAACCUGAAGAACACAGUAUGACCCACUACUUUUCCACACAAGGUGACAGGGGCUGAAGCUGGCCACACAUUCCUGCGCACGUGUGGCAUUGUUUUGACGAGUAUCUAACUUCAUCAGGGAGUGUCUAGUCUCCCCUCUGGCCCAGAGGGGGGUUGUGGUGUGCAUAAUUUUUGUUCCGGAUGCAGAACAUCCUCGAUCAAAACUUGGACAUGGCUACAGCUCUACUUGCAGGCGAGAAGCUGAAGGAGCUGAUCCUGCCGGGUUCCUCUCAGGAUGAGAAGGGCGGGGCACUGGCUGGCCUCAUGGUGCAACUCAAACUGGAGCUUCCUUUUGAUCGCGUUGUUACUAUAGGGACGGUCAUCAUCCCCAUCCUGCUAGUCACCCUGGUCUUCACAAGGAACUUUGCAGAGGAGUCCAUAUACUGUUAUACACCACACAACUUCACUCGAGACCAGGCACUGUAUGCAAGAGGCUACUGCUGGACAGAGCUUCGUGAUGCUAAACCUGGUAUGGAGCCAGCUGAGUGGCCUUCGCUAUUUGAGCACAAGUUCCUCCCCUAUGCCCUGCUGGCCUUUGCGGGAAUCAUGUACAUUCCUGCUUUGGGCUGGGAGUUCCUCGCCUCUACAAGGCUCACUUCAGAGCUCAAUUUCCUGCUUCAAGAGAUUGAUAACUGCUAUCAUCGAGCUGCUGAGGGCCGGGCCCCAAAGAUCGAGAAGCAGAUCCAGUCCAAAGGGCCGGGCAUAACUGAGCGGGAGAGGAGGGAGAUCAUAGAGAAUGCAGAGAAAGAGAAGAGCCCUGAGCAGAACCUUUUUGAGAAAUAUUUGGAGAGACGAGGCCAAAGCAACUUUUUGGCCAAGAUUUACCUGGCUCGCCAUCUUUCUAUUAUCUGCCUCAGUUCAAUACCCAUUUCCUACCUGAGCACCUACUAUGCCCGCCAAAGGCAAAAUGAGUUCACCUGUGCACUAGGUGAGCACCCAGACAUUAGCAGCUAUCCAGAGCUGAAGCUCAGGGUCAACUGUAAGCUGCCUGCUGUGCAGCUGCAGCGCAUCAUGGCAGCAGUAGAUAUCGCUCUACUCUGCACCAUGAACCUCAUCAUUCUGGUUAAUUUGCUGCAUCUUUUUGUGGUACGCAAGUCCAACUUUGUAUUCGACAAACUCCAUAAGGUUGGAAUUAAAACGCGGCGACGCUGGCAGAAGUCUCAGUUCUGCGAUAUCAACAUCCUGGCCAUGUUCUGCAAUGAGAACAGGGAUCACAUUAAGUCGCUCAACCGACUGGACUUCAUCACCAAUGAGAGUGACCUCAUGUACGACAAUGUAGUCAGGCAGCUGCUGGCUGCACUUGCACAGUCCAACCAUGAUGCCACACCCACUGUGAGGGAAUCUGGGAUCCAAACAAUUGAUCCCAAUAUGGAUCCUUCUGACCUCGGGGUUCGAGAGAUGGGUGGUGAGCCGCUGGUCGUCAAACGACCUCGUAAGAAGAUUAAAUGGAUCCCAACCUCAAAUCCUCUUCCUCAACCAUUUAAGGAACCUCUCACCCUGACACGGCUGGAAAAUAACACAAAGCAGGAAAAACCCAAACCUCUCAGACGUAAAAUAGUGGCAGACAGCAUUAUUGCACCUCUUCUGGAUAACAAGAGCACACAGCAUCCUUCAACAAAAGAUGUAAGUGGAAUGGAGAAAAAGCAUACACGCAACUUCUCUUUGGAUGUCCACCCGUAUAUGUUGACAACUCGCAAGCCCAAGGUGGAGACCACAACCACAGAACCUCUACCCUCAGAGCACAACAUGGAUACAGUGUACCUUGAAGGCACACACACUGUGGUUCAUGUGUCCAGUGCAAUUACAGAGAAUAAGAUUCGCUCUCCAGAAUCAACCAACGCUGCCUUCUCUGCAGGGACCCUGUCCACCACUACAUAUGUAAAUGGAGUUAGCCCCAACCCUCCCUCCAGUGAAGAUGCGCUCAGUCCCAAGUCCUCACCUCAACAAUUGGGGCCUUCCACUCAGAAGGAAAAUGCUGAGUCUCAACCACCUCCACUAACAAGAGCACCCACACACCAGCUACUGAGUAUGCAUCAUACUCUCUUUGAGGAAGAAGAGGAUGAAAGCGGGAGGGACAGGCUGGCAGAGAGGCCUGGGGAGCUCAUCGCUGCAGGAGAAUGUUGAGGAAGAGGAGAAGCAGAAGAGGAACCGUGACUGAGAUUAUUUUCCCUGACACUGCACUCUACACACAUAACCUCCAUGCCAGUCACCUUCUAUCAGCUGCCACCUCUGAUCUUUCAAUUAACUUCUAUACUUCCAGGAUUGUUGGAGCAGAAAUGGAAUAGAUGUGACUUGGGAAGACUCUUGUGGCAAAGCUGAGCUUUCAGAAAGGAUAAACUGAGAGAUAUAUGUUUCGUUACCUGUGUUGACCAGCUUAUUACUGUAGGAAAUGAUGUCACACUCAUGUCUCAGGAUGACUGUGUAUAGCUAAUCACCCACCAAUGAAACCAGCAGUGACAUAAUUCAACAGGGUGCUACAGUGCAGGGUCACACAGUUAUAUUGAAAAAGUAUAUAGACAGGGUAAAGAGCGAGGAGUGACUUUCCUAAUAAUAAUUUUAAAAAAAGGCAGACACUUUAGAAAUGCAAAUCUGCAACAUCAAACAAAAUGUAUUUUAAUCACAUGAUAACGCUUAGUCCCUUUAUCCCACUAGCCAAGUAGAAAGGUAGCUCAUGCAAUACAGUUGUUGAGAUCUGCACAAUUAAUAUGCAAAAGAUCACAGUAUAAUUGUGGCAAUAAUGUAUGCGCUUAGAACAUCUUAUUCCACACGCUGUACAUGUAUAGACACUGUAUAUGACUCACUGCUUGUGGGGUGUUUAAAUAUGACAUGUUUCAUGGCUAAUUACUGCCAUUUCACAAUUGCAUAAGAACAUGAUUCUUAACUAUACUUGCACGCCAUUUGAAAGUACGGCAGACAGCAGACUCCCCAUUGAAAGCGUGACUUUGUAAAACAAAGUAGAACUGUAAUACUGCUUAGUGAAACUAAUGCCAGAUAUGUUUUGAUGCUGUAAAAAAGGCAGUUACAGUGAUGUGUUCUUUUUGAAGACUUUAAUAGCAGCUCUGAGAUGAAGGGAGCUGGACUCACUGGUAAAAUAUGACCUUUUGUGUUCUGUUGGCUUCUUGAGGAAGUGUCUAAUGUGAAGUGAAUGUAUAGAUGAGCAGGAUAAGGGUUUUAUAAGAAUGACUAAGGUUUUCAUUAUCUGCUAUAAACACACAGUCUAUUUUUUUUUUUUUGCAUUUCUUGCAGCUGCAUACAUUAGGGCACAGAGACUAGAAUAAAGGAACUGCCUGCACUGACUCAGAAACCAACAGGACAUCAACUGUAGAAGACAUUAGUCUCAUUUUCAGGGCCUGCCUAAAGAAUGGGUAGACCUAUGCAUACCUUUUUUUCUGGGGCAUUAAAAUUAAAUGAAAUCUUUUGUCUUGGUGAUACUUCAUCUCCAUAGGCUAGCUCAAAAUCCCCUUGUUAGAGACUACUUAAGCACACUAAAUGCAUCCAAAAGCACUUUAGGACGAGUAGUACUAGUGUGUGAGAGCACAUUGUAUCAGAGCUCUGCUUUAAUAUGAUUUUACUGUGUUGAUUUACACAUUAGGACUGUUGCCCUGCGAAAACCUUUAGCAGUCCUAAUGCGAGUAAUCACAUGGAUAAUAUGGCUUUGGUUGUAACGUGUGAAAUGUUCAUAAAAAGGAUUAAAAGCGUUAU